UUAGUUUCGGUCUGUGGGUUGAGCUUCAGCGCUGUGUCUGUGAUCUGCUCAUUAGUGUUUAAAAGUUGUUAGACAUGAGAAAUCGCGCUCCAGGGAACUUUAUUUCACUUUACUCGCUUUGAGAAUUUGCUAGAAACUUUUCUGGACAUUUGAGAAGAAUGGAACCGAUAACAAAGUGGACAGCGGCUCAGGUUGUGGACUGGAUUCGAGGGCUGGAUGACAGCCUCCAGCAGUACAUCUCCAACUUUGAGAGAGAGAAGAUCAGCGGAGAGCGGCUGCUGAAGAUUUCCCAUCAGGAGCUGGAAGAGCUGGCAGUCACCCGCGUCGGACAUCAGGAGCUCAUUCUGGAGGCGGUGGACUUGCUCUGCGCAUUGAACUGUGGUGUGGAGACUGAUAACUUGAAGACUCUGGUUGGUCAGAUGCGAGCAGCAUCCAAUAACUUGCAGAACUGUGCAUCUGAGCGCAGGAAAAACCCUUCGUACGAUGGAGGAAGUCCAAACAAACCACCAAACGUGUUCCUCACUGCUGUGGUGGAGCUGAUCGGGGCUGCCAAGGGCAUGCUGGCUUGGCUGGACAGAUCUCCUCUCACAGGAGUCAGUGAUUUCACCACGACCAAGAACAAGAUCAUUCAACUGUGUUUAGAGCUCACCACGACUGUCCAGAAGGACUGCACUGUUUUUGAAAUGGAGGAGAAGAUAUUAGAAGUGUCACAGGUUUUGACAGGCAUCUGCGAUUCCACCAUGAGAAUGACCUCUGACCCCUUGAAGACCCACGUGACCUGUUUGGAGGAGGUGCCCAUCAGCAAUAUCAAACCCGACGAGGGACUGGGAAUGUAUAUCAAAUCCACAUACGACGGGCUGCACGUCAUCACCGGAACCACGGAAAAUUCUCCAGCAGACAGAACGCAAAGGAUCCACGCAGGCGAUGAGGUGAUCCAAGUCAACAGGCAAACAGUGGUGGGCUGGCAGUUGAAGAAUCUGGUGGAGAAGCUCAGGGAAGACCCUCAAAAUGUGACCCUGAUGGUGAAAAAAAGACCAUCAGGAACCUGCAGCUUCACUCCUGCACCGCUGAAGAACAUGCGCUGGAGACCCCCAGUCAUCCAGAGCCCAUCAUAUGUGCCUGCCACCCAGUCAUCCAGAAAUCCUGUGCAAAUGUCCAUCAGGCGGCCGGAGAAACCUGCCAUUUUGGAUCUGUAUAUUCCUCCCCCCCCUUCAGUGCCCUACAGCCCACGAGAUGCAGAAAAGAGUGAAUAUGCAGGAGUGAAGAUGAGACCGAAGGGUUCAGAGUCUCCAAACUCAUCUCUGGAUUUAGCUAAUAGACGGCGCUCAAAUAUCAGUGACUACAACAAUAAACCUACUCUACAGCCAGCUGAAGCCGCCGUCCCACAAGCACGAAUGAGACAGCGAACCCCAUCAAGAGGAAAGCCUCGUCCUGUGUCCAUGCCGGUAGACACUUGCCUGGGCACGUCGGACUCUCCAUCCAGACCCUGGGCUCUUGGUAGAAAAGGUGAUGAGCUGUUGCACAGGUAUCUGAGUAACGAGCAGAUCCCCACCAUCUCGGAGGAGUCCCCAUGUUACCCCCUCCCCUACCGGCCGGCAGGAGAGCGGCAGCUGGUGCGAGGGGUGGACCACAUCCGCGGUAGCCAGUGCUUCAUCAACGCCGACCUGCACAACAGCGCCACCAUCCCCUACCAGGAGGCCGUUGCUCGCAAACCUGCCUCCAAAUCAUCCAAGAGACCCCCAUCUGAACCCUCACUCUUCAGCAGCUGGAUCGCCCGACUCAAGCUUCCUCUUGAAUAUGAUGCCACACGCUUGGCACUUGGGAAAUUGGGCUUUUGUCCAUUCCGCUUUGCAGUACUUCUCAAGCUCUAUCAGAUGGUGGAAGACAUAUUUAUUAUUUUCUCCUCUCUGAAGGCAGCAAAGACACGUAAGAUGGAGACCGAGACAGAAGCAUACCCUCUUCAAGACUUCGCUGCUGGGGAGUUUGAAGGAGAUGGUGUGAUGAGCCGCCGAAGGGUCUCUGUAAAAGACCUGGGCCAGGGCGACUGUCAGGGCUGGUUGUACAAAAGGAAGGAAAGCAAAGGGCUCUUGGGUUGGAAGUGGAAGAAGUUUUGGUUUGUGCUCAAGAAAUGCUCGCUCUACUGGUACACAUCAGACAUGGCGGAGAAAGCCGAGGGCUACAUCAACCUGAAAGACUUCACUAUAGAACAGGCUCCCGAAUGCAAGAAGAAAUUUGCGAUGAAAGCGUGCCACCUCCACGUGCUGACACUCUACUUUGCAGCCGAGAGCAUGAAAGACAUGAACAAAUGGCUGGCUAAACUCACCCAGGCUUCAAAUGAACCCGAACCCACAGACUCCAACGGAGAGUGCUACAGCGAAGAGAGUGACGAUGAGGACGAUGAAGAGAUGUGUGUGGAGUAUAUGGAUCAGCUGACCCCUGGCUCUCUGCAUGGUUGUCUUCCCCCUCCUCGCUCAUCCUCCUCUCCCUGUCAGGACUUGAUCCCGCUGGUUUCUCCAGUCUGCAGCCGUACAGAGACUCAAAGUGCAGACAGCGAGUCCUGGCAGGAGAUCAGCUCUGAGGAAGAUCCCAUCCUCAAAAUCCAAGAGUGCAAAGGAAAUGACGGUCCAGCAUCAGAUGAGAUGGAGAUGCUGUAUCUCCAUCUGAAGGAGGCCAGUUUGUCUCCCACUGGAGCCCUGCAGCCCUUCACCAAACGUGACUUCAGGUCCUCCUUCAUCAGACGCUGCAAAGAUGAGAACAUUAAUGACAAACUGCAUCUGAUCCGAGCUCUAAACAGCACUUUAAAGGCUAAAGAGGCUGAUCUCCAGGCCAUUGAGCAGGUUUUGAGUGAACCAUCUUUAAAUGGAUCUAAAUACAGACAGUGGCGAGACGCAAAUGUGCUCCUGCUGCAGGAGAUCGGAGAGAAACACAAGAGUAACGUGGAGAAACCUAUGGUUCAAACUCAACGCCAGUCGCUCUACGGCCCCAACACUGCGGUCCCUGCUGUGCGUGUUUACACAGAGACCAGCCUGUGAAGAUCACAAUACCAUUACACACUCAAACAGACACCCAGCAGAGCCGGAAACACUCCUCAACACUGGAGAUACACAUCGAGGAACUGAGGAAAAUGAUCUUUUCUCCAAAUUUGAGCCAAACUCCUCUCUUCGCUUAUUCGGAAUCAUUUUAAACCUAUUUAUUUGCUUGUUGACAUCAUUUGUUGUCUUGAUAAGAUGUGCUUGUAAUGCUUUAUCAGUUAAAGCGUUGUUUUAAAUAGUGUAUUGGACAUGUUUGGGGUCGAAAACCUUUUUGAUUUGAUAACUUGUGGAAUAUUAGUGACUUUGGAACAUGUUACGAUAAGAUUUCUACAUUGUUUUAACCAUCAUACAGUGUGUAUUUAAAGCCCUUGUGUUCUUGUAUGAAAUCUACUCUCCGUUUUCUCAUCUUUUCCCCUAAAUUUGUAUUUGAUCUUUUUAGGAGUUUGAGAAUUGACCUGUUUUUAAACGUAAAAUCUUUUUUUUUAGAUGUACAUAUUUUAGGAUUUUACAAAUGCAGUGUGUCUUAAGUAUUGUACAUUUUUGUAUAAAUGUCUGUGAUUCAACUGUAUAGAUGUUUACUUUUUGGAUUAUUCAUU